AUCGGAGCCAUCAGCUGCAUUUUGAAAAGAAUCCUUGCAUUACGUAUGCUUUUUGCUGGUCUUGCCCGUUAUCCAGCUACUUCCCAAGCUUAAAUUCGCUCUUUUCUUUUCUCUUUCUCUGGCCUCCUCCAUUCUCUUCUCUCCCUCUGAAAGAAACUGACAAUGGAGCUACCGCAAGAAUGCUGGGAAUCAAUUUUCAGUUUAUUACAACACCAUCGCUCUUUCGAGCCUCUGUCUUUGGUCUGCAACAUGUUUCUCUCCAUCACCAAUCAUCUCCGUCACACGCUCACAAUCACUGACCCAACCUUGGAAUCCCUCCCUCGUCUUCUCCGCCGUUUCCCAAAUCUCCGCACAAUCAUUUUCCGUGACUUUCACGGCAGUCUCGAUUCUGCUCUUUCCCAGAUUUCACAAUCUGGGUUGCCCUUAAUAUCCCUCGACGUUUCAAACCAAUCGAGUUUUCCUUUAUUGGGUUUGAAACAGCUGGGUUCCAAAUUGAGGAAUUUGAAAGAACUGAAUUGCUCAAAAAUUGUGUCCUUGAAAGACUCUGAUUUGAUUGAGAUCGGGAAUUGUUUCCCUUUUCUUGAAGCAGUUGAUAUUAGCUACCCUGACCAUGGAUGUGGGUUUUCCCCUAAUGGAUCUUUGGAUGCAAGGAGUUUUCCGGGUUUGGUUACUGCUUAUGGGAUCCUUGGCUUGGCCUCGAGGCUCAGGAGAUUGCGGAAGAUUGAUCUUUCGGGUAAUCCGUUUAUAACCGAUCAAGCUCUUGUUAGUUUAUCGUCGAAUUGUUUGUUUUUGACUGAAAUUGGGAUCCGUGAUUGCGAUUUCAUUACCCAGAAUGGAAUUGCUUUGGCUAUGCGUAAAAGUGGUAAUUUGAAGUCGAUUUUGAUGAAUGGAAUUGGAAUUCCUUCAAUAGAUUUAUGUUUUAAGGAUUCGUUUGCAUAUGCGAGAGGUUUACGCGAGCUUGAACUCUCAAAUUCGUUUAUAUCUGAUGAAUUGUUGUGUUUAGUUGCUGAAGCAUGCCUUCCACUGACCAAACUUGUUCUCUCUCGUUGCUUUUGUUAUACAUUUGAUGGGAUUUAUUUUCUCUUGUCUAAAUACCAGUCUCUUACAUACUUAGAUCUUGAACGAGCAAAUUUUCUCAAUGAUGAGUCCAUGAUGGAAUUGACCAAGUUUCUUGGUAAUUUAACCUUUACAAACCUUAGUUUAUGCUCGAACUUAACGAGUUCAACUUUCUUCAAUCUUACAAAAAACUGUCCUUUGUUAAGCGUUAUCAAUAUGGAGAGAACCAAUCUCGGAGUGGAAGAAUUUCCAACUGAAAUAGUGGUAAAUCCUCGCGUUAAGUCACUAUAUUUGGCUUGGAAUAACAGUUUGAAUGAUGAAUGCAUAAAAAAGGCUGCCUAUGUUUGCCCCAAUUUGGAAGUUCUUGAUGUCACCUAUUGCUCAUGUAUUACUGAAAAAGGCAUAUUGGGAAUUUUAAAGAGUUGUUUGCAUAUUAGGUGUUUGGAGAUUAAUAGAUGUGAAGGGAUUAAAAAUCUUGAAAUAGACUUUGAACUUCCUAGACUAGAGGUUUUGCAGGCAGAGGGUUUGGGAAUUAAUGAUGAGGCAUUGACUUUGAUUGGGAAGAGAUGUUGUAGGCUAUCUCAUCUGAAUUUGGAAGGUUGCUUUAAUGUGACUGCAAGAGGAGUUGAAGGUGUGGUUCUAAACUGCAAAGCAUUAAAAGAGGUGAAUUUGAGGUGGUGUAAUAAUGUGAGUGUACAUAUUGUAGCUUGGAUGGUGUUUUCAAGGCCAUCUCUGAGGAAAAUUACACUGCCUUGUGGUUCUGUUCCUACUGUAAAUCAAAGGAAUUUUUUCUUGCGCCAUGGAUGUUUAGUUUGUAAAGGCUAGCUUUUCAACAGAAGUGGAAAGAUCAUCUCCAUUUAAUUUGAGUUUUUUCUUUGUAAAAUUUAACUAUUGAUAUGCGCAAUAGCAUUGUCGAAGCUAUGUGAUGACUACAAUUGUAUCACAUAUGAACUAGUCUUUUCUAUAUUUGCAGUAGUUAUGAUUGUCUUACAAUCAGACAGAAUUGUUUGAUACAUUGUGUGCAGAUAGCUCUCUAUGAUUUAGAAGUUAUAGUAAAUUGAUUUCAUUUCA